AUGAAUCCCAACAGCCUACCUGGGCAUGUCCUCUUGCUGCUAAGUACUGUGCUGGGCCUGAGCGUAGGCUUAGAGUUUACUGGCUCUGAAGGUCAGUGGGCUCGCUACCUGCGCUGGGACGCCAGCUCCAGAAGUGACCUGACAUUUCAAUUCAAGACUUCAGAAUCGGAAGGCCUGCUGCUCUACUUUGACGACGGCGGAUACUGCGACUUCCUGCUUCUCAAGGUAUCUGAGGGUAAGCUGCAGCUUUGCGUCAGCAUCGACUGCGCCGAGACCACCAUCACCUCUGAUAAAAUGAUCAACGACAGCCGCUGGCACUUUGCCGCCAUCAACAGGCACAAUUUGCGGACUGGCUUGGCCGUGGAUGGCCAGACCAAGACGGAGGAGGUGCGCCCCCAGCGUCAGUUCAUGAAGAUCGUCAGUGACCUCUUCCUUGGAGGGCUGCCGGGGGACAUCCGCACAUCUGCAAUCACCCUGCCCUCAGUCCGUGAGCUGCCACCAUUCAAGGGAAUUAUUACAGACCUCAGUUAUGGAAGUAAGCUGCCCACGCUCAUCAAUAGUCAGAAAGUGCGCUUGGAGAUGAUGGGCCUUUGCACAGAGAACCCCUGUGAGAAUGGCGGGAUCUGCUCGCUGGCAGAUGGAGAAACCUACUGUGACUGCUCCAAAACUGGAUAUGUAGGUCGAUACUGCACUGAAGCAGUCCAGAGAAAACCAGGCCUCGCACACCUGAAGGCAGAGCAAGGUAGAAACAAAGCGAGGGAGGAGAACGUGGCCACCUUCCGCGGUUCGGAGUACUUCUGCUACGACCUGUCGCAGAAUCCCAUCCAGAGCAGCAGCGAUGAGAUCACGCUGUCCUUCAAAACCUGGCAACGCAACGGCCUCCUCCUCCACACGGGGAAAUCCGCCGACUAUGUCAACCUGGCACUAAAAGAUGGGGCCGUGUCUCUCGUCAUCAAUCUGGGCUCCGGGGCCUUUGAGGCCAUCGUCGAGCCAGUCAAUGGAAAAUUCAAUGACAACGCCUGGCACGACAUCAAAGUGACACGCAACCUGAGACAGGUGACUAUCUCUGUCGACGGGAUCCUCACCACCACUGGCUACACCCAGGAAGACUACACCAUGCUGGGCUCCGACGAUUUCUUCUACGUGGGUGGGAGCCCCAGCACUGCGGACCUACCAGGAUCCCCAGUUAGCAACAACUUCAUGGGCUGCCUCAGAGAGGUGGUGUACAAGAACAAUGAUAUCCGCUUGGAGCUGUCCCGCCUCGCUCGUAUCGUGGACCCCAAGAUGAAGCUCCAGGGCGACAUUGUCUUCAAGUGCGAAAAUGUCCCCACCCUCGACCCCAUCAACUUCGAGACCCCUGACUCUUACCUGGCUUUGCCGAAAUGGAACACCAAACGCGUGGGCUCCAUUUCUUUCGACUUCCGCACCUCCGAACCCAAUGGGCUGAUACUCUUCACCCACGGUAAGCCCCAGGACCGACGCGAUGCUAAGGGCCAGAAGAACAACAAGGUUGAUUUCUUUGCGGUGGAGCUGCUGGAUGGAGGGCUGUACCUGCUGCUGGAUAUGGGGUCUGGGACCAUCAAGGUCAAGGCCACGCUGGCUAAGGUCAAUGACGGCGCCUGGCACCAUGUGGACAUCCAGAGAGAUGGACGCUCAGGCAUCAUCUCAGUAAACAGCCGCAGGACCCCUUUCACUGCCAGCGGGGAGAAUGAGAUCUUGGACCUGGAGGGGGACCUUUAUCUGGGUGGUCUGCCUGACAACCGGGCGGGUUUGGUGCUGCCCACCGAACUCUGGACCGCUAUGCUCAACUACGGCUAUGUGGGCUGCGUCCGGGAUCUGUUCAUCGACGGACGGAGCAAGGACAUCCGGCAGAUAGCCCAGUCGCAGAAUGUGACCGGCAUCAAGUCCUCCUGCAAUAAGGUGACGGGGAAACAGUGCGACAGCAACCCCUGCAAGAACAACGGGGCGUGCAAGGAAGGAUGGAACCGCUUCAUCUGUGACUGCACCGGGACCGGCUUCUGGGACAGUACCUGUGAGAGAGAGUCUUCGAUCCUGUCGUACGAUGGCAGCAUGUACAUGAAGGUUGUGAUUCCGAACGUGAUGCACACCGAGGCCGAGGACGUCUCCCUCCGCUUCAUGUCCCAGAGGGCGUUCGGCCUGCUCAUGGCCGCCACGUCCCGCGAGUCGGCGGACACGUUGCGCCUUGAGCUGGACAGCGGGAGGGUCAAACUGACUGUCAACCUAGACUGUGUCAGGAUAAACUGUAACACCAGCAAGGGCCCUGAGGUUCUUUAUGCUGGACAAAAGCUCAACGACAAUGAGUGGCACUCGGUACGAGUGCUCCGCCGCGGUAAAAACUUCAAACUCACUGUGGAUGACGACAUGGCUGAAGGCCAGAUGGCGGGCGACCACACCCGUCUGGAGUUCAACAACGUGGAGACGGGCAUCUUGACAGAGAGGCGCUUUGUCUCUUCUGCUCCCUCAUCCUUCAUCGGGCAUCUUCAGAGCCUGAAGUUCAACGGCAUGCAGUACAUCGACAUGUGCAAGAACGGAGACAUCGACUUCUGCGAGCUCAACGCCCGUUUCGGGAUGCGCUUCAUCAUCGCCGACCCCGUCACCUUCAAGACCAAGGGCAGUUACCUCGGCUUGGCCACCCUGCAGGCCUAUACCACAAUGCACCUCUUCUUUCAGUUCAAAACCACCUCGCCCGAUGGCUUCAUCAUCUUCAACAGCGGAGACGGGAAUGACUUUAUCGCUGUCGAACUGGUCAAAGGGUUUAUCCACUAUGUAUUCGACCUGGGGAAUGGGCCAAGUCUGUUGAAGGGGAACAGUGACAACCCACUGAAUGAUAACCAGUGGCACAAUGUGGUUAUCACACGGGAUGUUUCCAACACACACACCCUCAAGGUGGACUCAAAGUCAGUUACCCAGAAUGUCAAUGGAGCCAAGAACCUCGACCUUAAAGGUGACCUGUUCAUCGGAGGUCUGGGACCCAACAUGUACCAGAACCUCCCUAAGCUGGUGGUUUCUCGGGAAGGCUUCCAGGGCUGCUUGGCCUCAGUUGAUCUCAAUGGCCGCCUGCCAGACCUCAUCAAUGAUGCCCUUUUCCGCAGCGGGCAGAUUGAGCGCGGCUGUGAAGUUGGUUUCACCAAAGCCGACCUGCAAGGCCCAAGCACGACUUGCCAGGAGGACUCGUGCGCCAACAUGGGUGUGUGUAUCCAGCAGUGGGAGAACUUCACUUGUGACUGCUCUAUGACGUCUUACACGGGGACUCACUGCAACGACCCCGGCACCACCUAUAUCUUCGGUAAAGGAGGGGGUCUGAUCACGUACACGUGGCCUAACAACGAGCGGCCGAGCACACGGACGGACCGGCUGGCAGUGGGCUUCAGCACAACCAUCAAGGACGGCAUCCUCGUCCGCAUCGACAGCGCCCCACGUCUGGGUGACUACAUCAUGCUCCACAUUGAGCAAGGCAAAGUGGGCGUGACUUUCAACAUUGGGACGGUGGACAUCAGUGUGAAGGAGACAACAACAGCGGUAAACGAUGGCAAAUACCACUUGGUCCGAUUCACCAGGAACGGGGGCAACGCCACCUUGCAGGUGGACAACUGGCCAGUCAAUGAGCACUUUCCCACAGGCAACAGCGACAUUGAGCGCUAUCAAAUGGCAAAUAAGAAAAUCCCGUUCAAAUAUACCCGGCCAGUAGAAGAUUGGCUUCAGGAGAAAGGCCGGCAGCUGACAAUCUUCAACACUCAGGCCACUAUCUCCAUUGGCGGAAACGACCGGAAGCGGCCCUAUCAGGGCCAGCUCUCCGGCCUCUACUACAACGGCCUCAAAGUCCUCAACAUGGCCGCCGAGGGCCACGCCAACAUCAAGGUGAACGGCAGCGUGCGACUGGUGGGCGACGUGCCAGCCAGUCGGGGCGCGGCACGCACCACCACCUCGGUACCGCCGGAGAUGUCUACCACCUUUAUUGAGACCACCACCACCCUGUCCACCACCACCACCAGGAAACAGCGCUCACCACCCACUAUUCAGCAGACGACAGAUGACAUUGUUUCAUCCGCAGAGUGCUCCAGCGAUGACGAGGACCUGGAAGAGUGCGACUCCGGACAUGCAGAUAAGAUCUUGACCACAUCGGCCUAUGAAGGUGGCUACAAAGCCCUCGCACCCAAGUGGGAGGCCAAGGACUUGAGGCCUAGCAAAGCCUCUGAGGCAGGUAGGACUACACCCACCUCGCCUCUACCCGACCUGCGGGGCACGCCACCGGCGGCAGUCCCCUCAGAUACGCCACCCAAGCUGCCCGCCGGGAAAAUGAACAACCGCGAGGUAAAACCCCCGCAGCCGGACAUAGUCCUGCUUCCCCUGCCCACGUCCUUCGAUCUGGACGGCACCAAGCCGCGGGGCCCCUUCAUCACCUCGCCCAUGCUGCGCACAGUGCCUGCGGCCUUGCCCACAGUGCCCGGCGUGGUGCGGCGGGUGCCCCCGGGGGCCUCAGAGGUGAUCCGAGAAUCCAGCAGUACAACGGGCAUGGUGGUGGGUAUUGUCUCAGCCGCUGCCCUCUGCAUCCUCAUCCUUCUCUACGCCAUGUACAAGUACAGGAACAGGGACGAGGGUUCCUACCAGGUGGACGAGACGCGCAACUACAUCAGCAACUCGGCGCAAACCAAUGGCGCUGUGGUGAAGGAUAAAACACCCAGCGGCAGCGCCAAAGGCAGCGCCAGUAGCAAGAGACCGAAAGAUAAGGACAAGGAAUAUUAUGUAUAGAAAUCAAGUCAUUUCCCAACACAUA